AUGGCAGUUCCCAAUAUGAUGGACCCCGGCUAUCCUGUCUACGAUACAGGAUUUGGAGCACCUUAUCCCAGACUGUCUGGUCCACCAACACAUUUCGAUGGAGUGGCAUUCUGGUAUAACCCAAGUAAUAACGAACAGCUUUAUGACCGAGAUCAUUUCAACGGCCGUGGUGUCCCCCUCCCCCCUUCUGCUAUGGAGGCAGCUGCGAUCAAGCACAGGAGAACGAGAAGUGGAUGCUUUACCUGUCGAAGUAGGCGAGUGAAGUGUGACGAAACCAGGCCGAUCUGCGACAGGUGCAAAAAGGGCAAUCGCGAGUGCGAGUUUCCUCAAGCGUCAUCUUCUUCCAAACGAUCCAAACACUCUGAAAGUCGAAGUCCUAAAGAGCAUGCGGCAAAAAGUGAAAACAAGAACGAAGCCGGGUCGGGCUUGCCCACGAUCAAAGAUGAAAGUGAAGAAGACGACGAUAUGGCUUCCUCUGAUGAUACCCCCGUUCGGCCAUCCCUCGAACCACUGCGAGCAGAUAGCACCCAAUCUAUUGGAUCCAUUAUAGAUUCAGCACAGCAUAUUGACCUCUCUCCACUGAGUAGAGAGCAUGCUAGUCCCCAAUCUACCGACUUAUCAGACAAUCGUUCAAGAGAUGAGACACCAGCCUCGUCUCUCCGCACCGUCACAAAUUCAGCUGAGAUGCAAGCUAUUCACGCAAAGAUAAAGACCCUCAAGCCCGACCUCCAGAAAUACCUACAAUUCCAACAAGACUACAUGACAUUUUACCAUUAUUUCUACAAGCUCGACCCAACUGACUUUGUCCAUUGCGAAUUCAUCAACCUCGCCCUUGGAUUCGAGCCGUUACUGUACGCCGUGGUUGGUUUUGCGGCUUACCACUACGAAUUGCAACAACCGAAUCCCAAGUUGUCUCAUUUCUUAGGCUACCAUAGUCAUUCGCUCUCACUACUCAGGAAAUCCUUGGAAAAGAAUUCCAGAGUUACUGAAGCAACAAUUCUGACGGUAUUGCAGCUCGCGACGUUCGAAGAAUACAUUGGAGAUUGGGUUAAUCUCGUGGGCCAUCACCGUGCCGCUCACACGAUGCUGAACGAACUGUACACUCCAGACAACAUCAACCAGACCGAUCUCGGAAGACGCAUUUUCAGCUGGUAUGCCCGUCUAGAUGUCUUUGCCGGGCUAAUGGGCGGUACUCAGACGCAGUUGGAUCGAUCUUGGUAUGAAGCUAAUGAAAAGUGGUAUCGUGAACAGAUGAAGCCAGCCACGGAUAAUGAAACGGAUAUCCAAGACACAUUUGCAUAUUUCGUGGCUGCCAACCGCCUGAUUGGCAUGGACAUGGCAACAUUGUACGCCAAGUUACCAGUAGGUGCAAUCAGCGUGGAUGAUUUCCAUGCUGAAAACGCGAAGCUUGAAGCCAGGGUCAAGGACAUGCAACGAUUGGUCGAGUCCAAGAACAACGCCCUCUAUCGGGUACAUGAUUACCCACAAGAGAAAAUUCGCCCUCUGAAUGAUACCGAUAUCGUCAAUCCUUAUGUUUCUGGAGGAUUGUUCACAGGUCCACUUUGGCCUCUCAAUCACAUGUGGCUCGACUGGUACGGUAUAGAACAGAUGAUGAAGUACCAACUGGCAUUAUUGUUCCAGGAAUCCAUGCCUCCUGAGCUUGAACAACUGAGUCUAGAAGAAUGCCGCAUAUUUGAAGCUCUCGACCGAUGGCCAGAUGCGCCAAAUGGCGCCAUUCUAGGUGCGCACGCCACUCUAGGCCUCUCCUUACUUUUCUUACAGAAAGACGAGCGACAUACAAUGUGGGCAAGAAAAAGAGUGGCCUCAGUUGAAAGACUAGGCUAUAUCUACCCAGUUACAUUUCGCAGAAAGAUGGCCGAGAUGUGGGGCUUGACAACGGAACAAGUUGGAGAGGAUCAGUGCGUGGAAAAUUGGUGGUUGCCAAAUGACGAAGGCAACAUUCGCAUGCUCAAAGACAUGCGCAGAGUCGUUAUUGAGAGACACGAGAACGACUCAAUGAGCAUGGAGUCACUAGUCGAUGUUCGCGACUUGAAAUCUAUAUUUGCAAAGAUGGACCUUCGAACGCAGACGACGACAAGAGCAGGAUCCAACACUGGUGGAAUUAGCCCCCGCAGUGACGGGAGUGGACCGAACAGUGACAGAGGAAGCAAUGCCAGUUUCAGCCCGACGAAUGCAAGCUUUUCUGAUGCCCGCAGUACCAGUACGGCAGGCUUUGGAUAUGAGCAAACCAAGAAAUCAAAGCCGAAACGAGCGAAUUCACGGCCCUGA